ACACAAAGUUGAGUGGAGCACGGUAAAAGUCCAUGAGUUUGUGUAAUCUCCGCAUGGCCAUAUUGUGCAGGCUUUGCAGCGACCGCUACGCGUUGUGUGUGCCGCUAUUACACAGCGCUGUGUUUUGCUGCAUGGAGAGUGUCGCGUUGUGCAGCUUUUAGUGUGUUGUGUACGAGGAUGGAGGAAGAACCGUAGCAGACGGACGGAGGCCUUUUAACAGCGCCGAUAAGGAGCCUUUGACGCCGACCCAGCGUGUGGGAGAGCUCAGACACAAACGGGCGAGACUAACCAUGGGACACGGCGUGGGUUGAUCCGGAGCAUCAAGUCAUAUACAGCGAUUGUUCCCCAGUGUGGUGUAGGACAUGGCCACAGCCUCGCUCAGAGGAGAGUCGAGCCCUAACCACAGAGGAACAUCACAGCUCCAUGCACUUGUUUCCUGUGCCAAAAUCAAGAGGAAGAAGAGCUCGUUUGUAGUGUCCAUCUACGUGGAGGUGACGGUAGACGGGGAGUCGCGCCGCACAGCCAAGUCCCACAGCUCCUCCAGUCCCAAAUGGGAUGAAAGGUUAACUCUGAAUGUAACACCGCAGAGCCAAGUGGACUUCAAAGUAUGGAGUCACCACACCCUGAAAGCAGAUGCUCUCCUGGGCAGAGCCACGCUGGACCUGGUGCAAGCCUUGGAGCAGCAUGACAGGAAAUUGGACAAUGUCAAGGAGGUGCUGAAGCUGAGUGUGGAUCACAAGGGAGUUGUGGUGCCUGCAGGGGAGCUGACCAUCUACCUAGACGGACUUACCGACGGUGACCCAGAGGACCAGGCACCACUAACCAAUGGAAAUGCACCCAAUGGCGCCAAAGUCCAACAGAAUGGUGAUGCCAUCCAUGAAAAUGGAGGCUCCUCUUCCUCGUCUACAAGGGCUGCCAACAGCACAGUGAAUGGGACAGACUCGGGCCUGCGCUCAGGUUCCUGUUCGGCCUCUAACGGUGUGGAUAGUCUGGUCCCUUCCAGUUCCUGUAGCCCGUCUCUAGGACACGUCGUCAAUGGCGACAUCACGCCCAGCUCCACCCCAAGCCACCAAGCCGCAGUCAGUGAUGCAGCCAGUAGGACUCCUGCAGUCAACGGGGAGUCCAGCGACACAACCGAAGAUGUGUUGCCUCAAACAGAAAACCACGAGGACGCCCUCCAACCCGACUCUGAGAUGGGGCCAAAUGUCGCCUCUCAGCCGCCGUCUGCCAGCACACAAGCUCCCGCCUCCUCUUCCGCCGCCAAGCCGAGUGACGGCGCUGCGGCCGCCGCCACCCCCGCCUCCACACUCGCCUCCUCAGCACAGGAUGGCAGCGCCUCAACAACGUCAGUGUCAUCCUUGUCCUCCCCCCCAGCACUGGGAGAAACCAACGUGUCGCCUGCCAGUGGGAGCAAUAGUAGCGCUGCAACCGUACCGGACGGAGCCAAACCCAGACAACAGGUGCCUGCCGGGGGGGCCUCAGACCCUCUUCCACCUGGGUGGGAGCAGAGGAAAGACCCACAUGGGAGAACAUACUAUGUAGACCACAACACCAGGACCACUACCUGGGAAAGGCCACAGCCACUGCCACCAGGAUGGGAGCGCCGAGUAGAUGACCGGGGCAGGAUCUAUUACGUGGACCACAACACCCGCACCACCACGUGGCAGCGCCCCACAAUGGAGUCGGUCCGCAAUUUUGAACAGUGGCAGAGCCAACGCAGCCAGCUGCAGGGAGCCAUGCACCAGUUUAACCAGAGAUACCUCUACUCCGCAUCCAUGAUGUCGGCUGAGAAUGAUCCUCUUGGCCCGCUUCCUCCCGGUUGGGAGAGGCGUGUGGACUCCAAUGACAGAGUGUAUUUUGUCAACCACAACACCAAGACAACACAGUGGGAAGACCCCCGAACUCAAGGGCUCCAGAAUGAAGACCCCCUCCCCGAGGGCUGGGAGAUCCGCUACACAAGGGAAGGGGUUCGAUACUUUGUAGAUCACAACACCAGAACCACCACGUUCAGUGAUCCCCGCACCGGAAAGUCUUCUGUCACCAAAGGCCCACAGAUUGCGUAUGAGCGCAGCUUCCGAUGGAAACUAGCACAUUUUCGCUACUUGUGCCAAUCCAAUGCUCUCCCGAGCCACGUGAAGAUCACCGUCUCCAGACAGACGCUGUUUGAGGACUCCUUCCAGCAGAUCAUGGCCCUGAAACCUUACGACUUGAGGCGGAGACUUUACGUCAUCUUCAGAGGGGAGGAGGGUCUUGACUAUGGAGGCUUAGCACGGGAGUGGUUCUUCCUGUUGUCCCAUGAAGUGUUGAACCCCAUGUACUGCCUGUUUGAGUACGCUGGCAAGAGCAACUACUGUCUGCAGAUCAACCCGGCCUCUGCCAUCAACCCGGACCACCUUUCCUACUUCUGCUUCAUCGGACGAUUUAUUGCCAUGGCACUUUUCCAUGGAAAGUUCAUCGACACCGGCUUCUCCCUCCCCUUCUACAAACGCAUGCUCAACAAGAAGCUCCUCCUCAAGGACUUGGAGUCCAUUGACCCCGAGUUCUACAACUCCCUCAUAUGGAUCAGGGACAACAACAUCGAGGAGUGUGGUCUGGAGAUGUACUUCUCAGUAGACAUGGAAAUCUUGGGGAAAAUCACCUCCCAUGACCUGAAAGCCGACGGCGCCAAUGUCUUGGUUACGGAGGAGAACAAGGAAGAGUACAUCAGUUUAAUGGCCGAGUGGAGGUUCUCCCGUGGCGUUGAAGGUCAAACCAAAGCCUUCCUGGACGGUUUUAAUGAGGUGGUGCCGCUUCAGUGGCUGCAGUAUUUUGAUGAAAAGGAGCUGGAGGUGAUGCUGUGUGGCAUGCAAGAGGUUGACCUGCAGGACUGGCAGAGGAACACCGUGUAUCGCCACUACACCAGGAACAGCAAACAGAUCAUCUGGUUCUGGCAGCUGGUGAAAGAAGUGGACAACGAAGUGCGUCUGCGCCUCAUGCAGUUCGUCACUGGAACCUGCAGGCUUCCUCUCGGCGGCUUCGCUGAGCUCAUGGGAAGCAACGGGCCUCAGAAGUUCUGCAUUGAGAAGGUGGGAAAGGAAACAUGGCUCCCCAGAAGCCACACAUGCUUCAACCGUCUGGACCUGCCCCCCUACAAAAGCUUUGAGCAGCUCAAAGAGAAGCUCCUCUUCGCCAUCGAGGAAACGGAAGGAUUCGGCCAAGAGUAGAGCGAGUUGGCCCUCCUCCUGGCCGUCACUGAUGUGUUCCACCCAAAUCAAUCCGAUAAUUGCACAAGAUAGCCACCGAUGUAUAUAAGCUACUUUAGCCUUUGAAACCAAAUCCUCAUUUGCAGCGUCCUGUUUUACCAGACCGUCUCUGGAAAUAUGCAAGCAUCCCGACCCUUUCUGUUUCACCACAGAAACAUGGAUAUUUGAAAGAUGGACGGCCUUUACAAAGACUUCUAGCUCUAGUUCUAUAGAGCUUUAAAAGCGGAGAGUGGAGGAUUCUGGUGCCUGACACGCCCACAAACUACCCCCCCCAGGAUAAACAAGAUAAAGUCAAAGCUCCCUGUAAAAUACUACCUUUACCCAUAAAAGCAAGCGGAUAUAUAUUACAACAAAAAUCAGAAUCAUGAGAAAGUAACGUAGUUGCACCCCCGGUGUCAUAUGCCAACUUGCAUCUUUUGGCCACGAGAUGGCAGUGUUGGCUUACAUUACAUUACCCCCCCCCGCCCCCCGUCGGAACCAACCAGCUUUGAUGGAUGGGCGAGUCCCACCAACAGGAAGGCGGUGUCAUGUUUACUUCCGCUUAGAAAACGCUCGCAUGAAAAGUCAAUAUUGGCAAUCAUAAAUCUGCUUUGAUUGAUCGAUAUUCCCGUCUGAAGAUGAAUAAUCUGCACUUUCACGUGAUUUGAAAGACUGUGUGUGUGUCCACCGAAUUAGUAUCAUAUCAAUAAAUAGCUUAUUAAUAAUGAAUUGUAGCUUUUACAAUAUACCGAGCCCCCUCCCUCCCCCGGCCACACUUUGGAUGACGAGAUCUCGUCAUGUUCUUCUUGGACAACAAGCUAAUUGGGACGGAAUCAACAGCGCCCCUACCGGUGGGAAUCCGCUAAUGCACAGAAUGCCUAUCCUUAUUGAUGGUUUAUUGAAUGUGAUUGGACAGCCUGGGGGGUGGGGGGGGGUGCAACCCCGUUACUUUAGUCGGAAUGAAAUUGUGUUGAUCCCAAUGAUUGUCAGGCUUUUACAUCUGAUAAAAGUAUUUUACAAGGGAGUGUUGAUUUCUAUUUCCUUUUGGGAAAAGCUUCCUUUUUAUCCACUCGUUCCUUUUCCAAGUAUUUUGUUUGCGCUUGCAUGGCUACCUCGGAUGAUAAGACUGCUGUGGGCCCCCCCCCCCCGCACACGCCAGCUCGUCAUCCUCAUCCCUUCCCAGCAGACGAAGGAGGUUACAGCAGCGAUAAUGGAGGACAGAACACUUCCUGGGACAUGUUGAAGGUAUCUGGGAGGGGUGACGAGGUGCGCGUGCUGCAGCGAGGCGGGCUUGACUGGUGUCAGUCAUCUGUCCAAACGUACCAGCCACUAAUGGAUGAAUAACCUGAAGAAACGAGGCUGCUCUCAUUUCCUCCACGACCGACCCCUGUGCUGAAUGAGAGGAUGGUCUCAGGUCUUAAAGGCCUUCACAACGUAGUGGUGGACGUGAGAAAGUCUUGGGAAGGUUUACGGUCCUCCAGACGUUUGGUGUGAAUGCUCAGCAUGCUCUUACCAAAUCAAUAUGGACGCUUGGUAACAUAUCCGAUACAGAAGAGGCAGAACGGCCAUCACUGUUAUCCAAAGUCAUAGCUGGCAUCUCCUCUCCCUAAAACGCCAACCAUCAUGGCUGCUUUCAUGCAUGACGCAGGAAAGAAAGACUGGCAUUACAGAGGCUGGGUAGGCAGGAUAUUUACUUUUUCAAAUAAAGAUGACUCAAAUACCAAAUGUGUGGAUG